AGACUUUUUUUCUCCACUGGGGAGGAAACAUGCGGGUAGUUCCUGACUGUGAGUCAUCACUGGUGCCCAGACUGACAGACUCAAAGUUGUUUCUAGAGCGAGGGAUUUCUUUUUUUCAGUCUCUUUUCCACCUUUUGGACUCAACAUAUAUAUACAUUGCCGUUUUUUUCUUGAGAUAUCACUUCACACGAUGUCUGUUAUGGAAUAUCAGGGCUGAGUCACAUCCUUGCCCCAGGACACUACUAGAGAGCCCUGAAUUUUCUUUAAAUCAAACACACUGCACUUCAGUCACACUUUCACCAUCAAAACAUGGCUGCUACUGCUCUUGUUACAGAGAACUUUAAGUUUGUGUCCCUCUUCUUCAAGAGUAAAGAUGUGAUGAUCUUUAACGGUCUGAUCGCUCUGGGAACUGUAGCCAGCCAGACUGCAUACAGCGUGUUUGCUUUUAACUGUCCCUGUUCCUCUGGGAGAAACUACCGCUAUGGCCUGGCUGCCAUCGGCGUUCCUGCACUGGUACUUUUCCUUGUAGGAAUAAUGAUGAACAAGAGCACCUGGGAUGUGGUGUCUGAAUGUCGGCUCAGAAGGUGCCGGAAGUUGUCUGGAGCUGCAGGUUUUGCACUACUGGGAACCAUCAUCGGUCAAGCUGUGGUCGCUCCAUUAACCUGGGUGGUCAUCUCUUUGCUGCAGGGUCAAGCGUACACAUGUGCCCUCAGUGAGUUUGUAGACCCCACUACAGUGGAGGGCUUCCCCUCAGAUAAAGGGUCAGAGGUCAUGGCAAAAUUAUCAUGCAAAGGAAGUGUUUCGGAGGAGCUGCAAGGCUUCUGGGCUGAAAUUGAGCGAGUACUGAAAUACGAAUCUCAGCUGUUAGGCUGGCUGCUGGUGGCUGGACUGUCUCUAGCAGUAUUCCUGAUGCUGUGUAUGAAGCGGUGCUCUUCUCCACUUGGCUACCAGCAGGAGGACUACUGGUCUCAGUUCCGAUCUCAAGAAAAGACCCUCUUCCAACGCACAGCAGCUGUCCACGCCCGCCUUCUGGCUGCAGAGAACAUUAAGAGCUUCUUUGGCUUUGUAGCUUUAGAUAAGGAUGAGAAAGAGCAGCUGGCUGAGCACCAGAGUGCCAGUCCUGUCUGCAGCACUAACUGGAACAGAGUAACUGGAGUCUACCUUUACAGGGAGAAGAAUGGACUGCCUCUGUACAGCAGGCUCAACAAAUGGGCCACGUACAGCCUGGAGAAUAAUGUGGAGGCCAUGGACAAAGAGAUGGAGUUGUUCAGCUGACAGACUUUGUUAUGUACACCCCCUCCCCUCCCCACCGGAUUGCUGAUGGACGGUCUACCUCCCCCCACCCCCUUGCUCUCUAUCCCUCUUCCUGCAUCUUAUCCCAUCUCUCCCCCUAUCCCUUUCCAAGCCCGGCGCAGUCUAGGCCUGUGAAGACUGUUUCGUCAUGAGCCGGGGAUCCGGCCGAAGAUUUCUGCCUUUUAAUAAGGCAGUUUCUUCUUACCACUGUAACUUUUGCUGCUUUGCUAAAGUGCUCAUGAUGGAUAGGCCGGAUCUUUGUAACAUAACAAUGAGUAAGGUAUUUUACCUGCUUUUUGUAACAUAGCAAUGAGUAAGGUCUUUUACCUGCUCUUUUGUAAUGUUAACAGACAAAGAGUAAGGUAUUUUACCUGCUUCUUGUAAAGUGUCUCGAGAUAACACUUGUUAUGAGUUGACGCUAUACAAAUAAAAAUUGAUUGAUUGAUUGAUUAUGUACAGAGGAGAAGAGCUGCCAAAAUCUAAAAUAAAUAGUUAUGUGCCUUAAUGAUUUAAAUGUACCAAAAAUUUCAUUUUUAAUUGUGUUGGCAUUAUUCUGUUUAUAAAUCACAACAUAUUAUUAGUUUGACCUUGGUCCUUAGGACAAUCCCUUUUGAAAUGUAUAUUUUCUCGUUCAUUUCCCCUUUUAACUAUUAUUCAAUCAUUUUAAAGUAUUUUUUAAUUUAUCUUGAAUAUAUUUUAAGUUUAUCUUUUGAAACCUAAUGUUUUUAGAAUGGAAGUAUGUUAGUAGGGGUGCUGAGGUUGUGCCCCCUUCAAUCAGGCAAAAUGAAAACCAUCAGCUUAUGAAAACAUUUAAACUCAGCAGUUAGGAGCUUUGAAAUCCUUUUUCAUCAUAACCAAAUUCUGAUUCUAAGCUUUGAACUGGUCAGAGCUCACGUCCAUGUCGAUGUGAACUUUGGAUGUUGAGUUUGUUGUAAGUUGAAGUGUAAAAUAGUCUAUUGCUCAAGUUUUUUUAAUUAAUACCAUAUGAAUAUUUGCAGCAGGAACUAUUUUGUCAUCAUAUAGGCCAAGAAGGACUCCUAACUAUGACUGACUUUUAGCACCCCUGAUAUAUCAAAAUAAAAAUAAUAAAAAACAAAAAUGAAUUCUGUAAAAGGGGUAUGGGAAAGACAAUUAAUUAUUUUAUUUUAGGGAACAUUCAAACUUUCCCAACUGCCCCAUUUUAUAAAGAUUGUAAAGGUAAGAAGGUAUAAAAUAAGAAAAUGUCAAGUAGAAAUGUAUCUAUAAAUGUAUGCCUACAUUUAUUUUUAAUGUGAUUAUGGUACAGUUGAUGUCAAAUCAUUUAUUUAGUUAUUUUGACAUGCAGCUUUUGUCCUCAGUGUGACUCUGAUCAGAAAAGAAUGGUGGGAUCAUCGUUUUUAGGAAAUAUUUCUGAGGGGACAAGCAGAUUUAUUAUCUUUAUUUGUUAUGUUUUUUAGGUUUUACUUUUAAAUCUUAAAUGUUUUGCAUAUCUUAGUAUUUUCCUGAUGUUUUUCACAUUUAUAUUCUCUGAAAAUAAAAUUCCAAAAUGUACCCAUGUGUUUUAAGUGUGAUACAGAAUAUAAAAUGUAUACGGAGAAUCAGAGUGGCAGGUUGUGUUUCAGCACGUCCCCAUUCAUGGAAAAAUGUUACAUGGAUCUCCUUUACACCUGUUUUUUUUCUUUACAGGUGAACUCAUCAUGAAAGGAAACUAAGGUCAAGCUUAUUGGUACCAAAUGUAAAUGGGAAAAAUAGAUUUUAAUAAAAUCACAUGAGAUUCUUCAUCAGAA